AUGGAGCAACAAAUUAGAGAACUCAUUCCUUUCUUACAUCAACCUGCUCUGGAGAUUAGAGCUAUUGCAUUGCAUCACCUUGUACCAUACACUCCCAAUGGUAACCAGUAUCGUUAUAUCUUGAUCGAGCAAAGACAGACAGUUUGUAAAGAUAUGAAGGCUCUUUGUCGUGAAGAUCCUAUCACUGCGCACGAUGCACUUCGUUGUUUAAUCAAUUUAUCCAGCGAUCCUUCAGUUCAGCAAGAGUUGGACGAUGACAGUUUCAUCAAGUACAUUUGCUUAUUAAUCACAAACCCUAAAUCUGUAUUGGCAGACCUUGCCUGUAUGUUAUUAUCUAACAUGACCAAGUAUGAAUCAACAUGUGUCAAAAUUAUUCAAGGAAAAGUCGAACCACUCGAAGGACUAAGCAAGUCAACACGCUUGUUAGAUCAUUUAGUGGAAGUGUUCCAUAAAGGAUACAAAAAGGAAUAUAAUCCUGAAGCUGAAUUCCACUUUUUGGCAAGCGUAUUUUCCAACGUAUCCAGUAUUCGUCUUGGCAGAGUCUUUAUGAUUGAGCCUUCAGAAGCAGACCAACUCUCGCCUCUCACUAAGUUACAGAUAUUUAGCGAAGAUCCUAAUGUGAUUCGUCGUGGCGGUAUUGAUUCGGUUUUGAAAAAUUGUUGCUUUGAAACACGAGAACAUGAAAGACUUUUGGACGUAGACAGGGUCAACGCUCUUCCCUUCAUUCUGCUGCCAUUGUGUGGUAACGAGGAAUAUGAUAUGGACGAAUUCGAGCAAUUUCCAGAAGAAAUUCAGUUGUUAGGUGAUGACAAGAAACGUGAAACAGAUCCUUUGCUAAGAGCCAUGCUUGUUGAAGCAGUCAUCUUGUUGACAACAACACGAUAUGGCCGAGAGUACUUGCGUAAGAAACAAGUGUACCGUGUGAUUCAACGUCUUCAUGCACAAGAAGUUGAAGAAGACAUAAAGGAGAAAUGUGUUACUAUUGUAGAUAUGCUUAUUCGUGAUGAAGAAGCACCAGAAAUUACAGAAAUUAAAGAACAAAAAGAAGAAGAAGAUGAAGACUUGAUUAUUGAAGAAAUUGCAUAG